AUGGCUUCAUUCAGUCGCACUUCCCGGUCACUGACCCUUGGAAUAUUAGUUAUAUUUUACUUAAUCCACUGUCUCCAUGCCCAGCAACCCCAACAGGCACAGAAGCCUCACAUCAUUAUGAUUGUAGCCGAUGAUUUAGUAAGUAUAUUUUAUUUUUUUUCCCUCAAUAAAGUUACCCUAGAGAUUGAACCUUCCACGUAUGCAUUAUGUAAAACGAAAAACGUUUGAUUGAUUCUUUUUUAUCUCUAACGCGUUCGAAGAGCUGUUUAAUUUAUUUUCAAUAUCUCAGGUUAUUUUAAAAUUAUUUUCUUAAAAAACCUAUUUCGUUUCAUAAGAUAAAGGAAAAACGCUUUUUUUGGGGGGGGGAGGGGGAGUGAUGACUGUCACACUACAGCGUUGAGAUACGAACUAAAAGCAAUCAGCGUCAAAUUUUAUUAAGAAGCAAGCGGUCAAUGUCACAAAAAUCGAAUUCAUAAUGAACUCAGAUUUAAACUAAUAGGAUCUGGGCGCAAAUUAAGAGUGUGCUUACGAUGCAGUCUCUGGAUAAUCAACAAUUAUUUCAUGAGCGCAAGUUGGACUUGAGAUGGUAAAUAGCCAACGAGGCGCGUAGCGUCGAGUUGGCUUUAACCAACAAGAAAAAUAAUUGUUUGAUUUAAUUUUGUUAAAUCCCGAACGUUUUAAUAUUUGGAGCCUGUUUUUUAGCUCUGAAAUAGGUGGCGCAGCACAUUUUCAUAUGAGGUGACUCGGAUUAUGAGCUGAUAACCGGAGCUGGGUGAACCCAUCAGAACACUAGAAAUGCAAUAUUCAGAGUUCAAAAUUUAAUAAAUCUGGAUAGGGAAUGAGUAUCCACCACAGCAAUGAAUCACUUUUUAACCACUCAUCUCAUUUUAUCAUCACUCGAUUCUACUUCGGGGGCACAUUUUGUAACAAAGCUGUGUCUUUUUCAGGGCUGGGAUGACGUCAGUUUUCACGGCUCGCCCCAGAUCCCCACGCCCACACUUGACGGCUUGGCAAAUUCCGGGGUAAUCCUUAACAAUUACUACGUAUCUCCGAUUGACUCACCCUCCAGGGCUGCGUUCCUGACUGGAAAAUAUGCCUUGAAUUUAGGUAAGAAAUAAGUAUUUUUGGAUUAGACUAUUUCAAUUGAGAGUAAUGAAAUAUAUUCAAAAAAUUGAAUGGCAAUCACGAAGGCAAGUCUGAUCUCGUACCCGGAUUCUCAAGCUUAGUUGUCUCCGCGUGAGAUCUUGGCACUUAGUAAAGGUCAUAUAGAGGAAACUCACGCGAUGCACCAAGCGAAGAAAAGUCAUUAAGGCCGGGCGAUUAUCGAUGUUUUCAUUCAUUUAUUGCUCGCUUGAAAUGCGCCAUAAAAGCGCGUAACAGAUACGUAGUGCGCAAAUGAUAGAGGGCAUACAUGGGGCGUCUAAAAAGGAACGAGCAACUUUGAACAAUCUUGUGCUUUUUCCUAAAAAUUUUCAGGCCUUCAACAUGACACGAUACAUAACAGGCAACCAUAUGGAGUGCCACUAAAGGAAAAGCUUCUACCGGAAUAUUUGAGGCAGUUAGGUUACUCGACCCACGCUGUAGGAAAGGUAAACUUGUGGUGAUUAUAAAAUAUAUGUAUUUUCUCAGUUGGCCGAAGUAAAGCGAUUGGUUACUUAGGAAAAGGAAAGACUUUUUUUUUAACAGAAAGCUUUGGUCUUUUAAAGCACAAACAAGAGGUCAUUAAAAUGGCGUAACAAGUUUUUGCCAAAGUACUGAACGACUGGUUGAGUUUUUUCGUUGCGAAAGGCAACACUGCAUAACUACAAAACAUUACUUUAGCAAAAUGAGAAAUAAAAACACAAAACUGGGGAAAAUUAACUAAAAGUAGCAUAGAGAAGAUUACCAAGGAUUACAAAAUCAAGGCCAGACUGCUUAAAGAAACGGACAAGUGCCGCAAAACUCCAUUGACCGGCACAAGUGUUCACAAACCUCUGUUUUACUUUAAUUUACCUUUGAAUUCCACGAGUGCAACACUAAGCUUCGAUCCCAUUUUGUCGUAAUCAGUAAUCUACUCUCUUCUCACAGUGGCAGCUGGGUUUCUUUGCCAAGGAAUUUACUCCCACUUACAGGGGUUUCGAUUCCUUCUACGGCUUCUUGACGUCGGGACAAGAUUACUUUAGUCACGUGUCUUAUGACGGAAGCUAUGGGUUGGAUUUACGACGAAACUUGGACGUGAGUAAUUUAAGCAUUAUUUGGGGUUCAUAAAGCACUUUGUGAUGAUUUUAAAAAAUUCUUGUUUUCACUUUUGUUAUUUAUUUCACAGUUUGUUAUUUACUCCGGAUUAAUUGUUCAAAAAGAAAAGGAAAACCUAUCGCACGCGAGAUACAUUGGCUACAGUAAAGCAGAAUAGAAAAACUUAACUGCAGAAGGUGCUUAGACAACAAGCAAGUAGAUGAAUGACAUCUAAGUUGCAUGAAAUAUUCGUGCAACUUCAGAACUAGCCAGCGAGUAAGCCUUUAUUAUUAGUACUGUAAGACGCGCGUUUUUCCGUAUGCGGGAAGAUUUGAGACGAUUCGGGGAGAGGUUUGCCGGGGGACUGGCACGUCUGUCUUGACGCCAUGUAGACCUCUUAACGCCUUGUGCAGCUUAAGGCCUCGUACUUUUGAAGAAACGCCCGUGCUGAAGGGCUAAUAAUGAGGACCAGCUCGCAAGCUACAGUAAAAUGAAAAAUAACACCGAACGCUUGCGAUAUUAACACAAGUUCUGCGGAGGAAAAUGAUUAUAGCAUUUUAACUGUGUCCGCUUUUGUUUUCAGGUCGUGUACAAUGAAACAGGUACCUAUGGCACAGACCUGUUCACACGCGAGGCUGAUAAAGUACUCAAUGAUCACGACGCCACCAAGCCGUUGUUUUUGUACUUUGCCCAACAAGCUGUUCACGUUGGUAACCAGAAUAACCCUCUUCAGGUGCCAAAGAAAUACCUUGAUCGGCUGGGAUACAUCGGAGACGAGAAAAGAAGGACGUUUGCAGGUAAUGAGAUGAUGACAGAGCGCCUUACGAUGAUGUGUCAAAAAACAAAACUUAAGUCAAGCAAACGUCCAAUCAGAACGAGGAAAAACGGUGACGAAGCUAGGGAAAAUUGAUUGUAAAAACUAGUAGCCUAUGGCGCGGAGAAACGUUAAUGACAGAGCGGCGAUUGAUUUUAGUCUUGUUUCUGAUUGGUUGAAAAGAUGGGAGAUGAGAUUUCUAGAUCAAUCACAGAGCGCGUGAAAUCACACAAUCCAGGAUUACUUCUUCAUCUGGCGAAAGUUCUAUUUCAAGAACUCCUCUUUGACAAGUUCAUCAUUAAGUAUUUCAGGUAAUUCUCAGUCGCAAUUCUAGAAUAUAAAAUUUUUAAAAGAGCACUACAGUAGCCUUCUAAAAAUUCCACAAUAGAUUUUUCUUUUUGUGGAUGCCAAGGACUCAUAUGAUACAAUAACCCAUGCAAUAUUUGCUUUGCACUAUAUAAACUUUAUGCACCAAAAUCUUCGGUUUUCUACAGGUAUGGUGUCAGCUCUGGACGAGUCGGUUCGACAAUUGGUAACAACCUUAAAGAAGAAAGGACUCUACGAGAACUCUAUCAUAAUCUUCACUACCGAUAACGGAGCAGCCGCUGGUGGAUUGGACAACAGUGCAGGCUCAAACUACCCGCUAAGAGGUGCCAAAAAUACUCUAUGGGAAGGAGGUGUCCGCGCAGUUGGAUUUAUCCAUAGCCCACUCAUAAAGAAGAGAGGUAAAACUAACUUAUUAAUCAUUUACUGAUCAUGAAAUACGAAGUGAUAUUUACAAUUAUGCAUUACUCGCGUUCCAGGUCGAGUUUCAACUGCCUUACUGCACGCUUCUGAUUGGCUCCCGACCGUCUACCAUCUGGCCGGCGGCGACGUGAAAGGCCUGGGAUCCAUCGACGGAUUCAAUGUAUGGGAAACAAUUUCCAGCGAUGCCCAGUCUCCAAGGUACGAGAUCCUACACGGUCUGGAUUCCAUGAAAGAGAAGAGGGCAGCUCUGAGAAUUGGAGACUACAAGAUGAUAGUGCAUCAAAACCGUAGUUUCUAUAGUGAUUGGUACCCAAGACCAGAGAGUCAGCGCGAGUUGGACCAGGCUCCUAAGCCAAGUGUACUCAAAGACGCAGCAGUUGAUUGUACUUUAAAGCACCCGCAUCCUCUUCUGUACACAAAAGCACCGAUUUGUAACCCCGAGUUGAAGCCUUGCUUAUUCAACAUCAAAUGGGAUCCAUGCGAGUACCACAACCUGGCAGAUUUUAUGCCGAACACUUUAAAAGUCAUGAUUGACAGGCUUAAGUUUUACUAUCGAAAAUCCUCACCCGCGACAUACCCUCAAGCAGAUGACGGCGCAAAUCCUGAUCAGCACGGAGGAGUCUGGGGCCCAUGGCGGGACUCACCGGAUAUUGAUCAGACAAUGAAUGAUUACGUGUAUCCGAAUUCAUAUUAUGAUUCACCAAAAUUUUCCCCUGGCAAUCCUUCCAAGAGCCAACUCAAUCAUUUCUUAAGCGACCAGGUGACUGCUUCCGCCCCGAAAAAGGAAGCAGCCCCCACAGAGGUCGAGGAUAUCAUCAUUAAUUUCCGAGAUCCAAAUCAAGGUAAACCCGCUGCCCUAGCAACAACAGCAAAAACCGCUCCCACACCAACCACGGCACCCCCAGCUGUCAUGACGGAGUCGACUGCUUCAACAGCUUCACGAUUCACACCUCCACCUUCCAUUCCUCCGGCGAUCGCCUCCGAUGUGCCGCAGAAGAAGCUGGAUUAUUCAGCACAGAGGCCGCAACCCUUCCGACCGACCGGAUUCCUCAAAGGUUUCUUCCAGCACCAAACUGUUGACUUUCGUCCCAGUCCUAAACCAGUGCAGCUCAUCCCUGACACUUUGAAACAAGUAGAGCACAUGGUGCAGGAGGAGCACGACAAACCUGUUAAAUAUUUCAACCCGAUGACUGUAAAGCCGAGCAAGAAAAUGCCCGUAAUACACGCAUGGCCAACUCAACAGUCUCUCGUACCAGAAGACGUUCAGAACGUUGUCAAACAGAACGGGUUCUCAAAGCACCUGGCAUCGAGCCACGUGGAGGAAGUUUCUUUGAUUCCAACAAACCCGCCUGUGAAAUUAACUCACAAGGUGUCCAUGUUCGGUUCGCACUCGGACAAGAUAAGCACACUGCCAGAAAUUCUCGACAUAAUCGAUGAGUCCACGUCACCAAGCGCUUUCACGGCUGGAGGUAGCGGACAGCGCGAGAUACCGAAGAUAUUCGAUAUUAUAGACGAAGCGCACAAGCAGCAAAGCAACGUUAAAGAAUUAACUUCACAUAAAGAAGGGCCAAUAGCAACUAGCAAACCACUGACCAGCAAAGACGUAGGCUCAGGUAUGGGCGUAGGCCUGACUGGACUACCGGACGGAAUCUCAGUGUUCGGCAAACUGGGAGAUAAAAAGAUUCUGUCGCAAUCGCACGACGCCAAGGCUAAAGGAAGGGAGCAUAUUGUGGCGAAAGAGAGACCUGACAAAGAGAAGAAAAAGCCGGCAGUUCAUAAAUUCAUCGGUAAUAUUACCAUUGACGGUCGUCGCUAUCUUAUCAUGGGAACAGAGAGCGAAGAGUCAGAUUCAGUCACCACACACGUACAAGGCGACAGAAUUACUCUGCACCUCCCCAAAGCGAAGAAAACCAAUACUCACAGUCACAGCCACAAGAUCAAAGCUGACAGCAAAACCCCAGAGAGCCCAGACAGUAAAUCUGAAAUCGGAGAGAUCACCGAUUACAUUGACAUGGAUGAAGAUGACAGUGCUAAACCCAAAAACAAAACACUGGCUGCUCAUGACAUCACCGCUGUGCAGACCGCGGGCAAUAACACCAAGUGCGAGAAAGUCGUCCAGCUUGACACAUCCGACAAUGCUGUCGUUGUGUCCUCGGUCGUGAUUGUCGUGAUUGCUUCGGCAAUGGUCGUCGGUGUUGCUGUUGUUGCUAUGGUUGCGGUGGUCGCAAGACACUGCCAAAACGCUAGGAAUUAA